AUGAGUAAUUUAUGCGAGAAGAUUUAAGCAAUGAUUCUUAUUGGUAAAUAUCAGAUUAAAAUAAAGAAGAGUAAAAGAAAAUGAAAAAUUAAAAUAAUUUUAUACUGAAUUAGAUUUAAAAUACUCAUUUAAUGAAAUGAAUUAAUAAGACACUUUAAUUAAAUUAAGAACACUUUCAACAGAACAAUAAUGUAGAAGCCGAGUUCCAUAACAUUAAUUGAGAGAUGUCAAAAGUAAAAUGAUGUAUUAUGAAAUGGCUGAAUAUAUCUUAUAAUUGAAAAAACCACCUUAUACUCUUAUAUAAGAAUUGAAUGUUUUUGAUGAUACUAUACCAUUAGUUAGACAAGAAUAUUUUGAUGUUUAACCAAAAUAUAUUGAAAAGGCAACUCCUUUUUAUCCUAAAUAAAAUUGUGAAAAGAGAUCCAAAUUAUUAAAAGAACUUACAAAAGCCUAUACAGGAAAUGUUAUUAUUAAAGAACCUGCUGAAGAGAUUAAAAAAGUAUCUUAAUAUUAAUAAUUUUGGCUAUUAGAUCUUCUUACAAAUUAGAUUAUAAUAAUAGUCAUUAUAUAAAAGGAUUUAAAUAACAAUAACCAAAUGAAUCAGUUCUUUCUAGUUUGA